UUUACAUAUUAUACCAAUUAUUUUGUAUUUAAGGGGCCUCUCUAUGGCAUUGAUUUAAGGAGAAUCAUUUAGGCAAAUUCUAAUCUCGUCGUCGCCACCUGAGAUCUAUGUGUUAGUCGUAAAUGAUUAUUAGUGUGUGUGGUGUCCAUGCGGUUAUGAUAGUAUAUUAUCUAUACUGUGUCAGAAGCCGCAGAGUUUGGCACAAUGUUUUAACUGAUAACAGUUAACAGACAACGACGGAGCACGACUGCUCAAUAAUUGGUUAUUGUCAUGAUAUAAUGAACGAAGUUUACCCGUCUGCGAUUCGUCGUAAUAUGAUAUUUUAGAAGUUUACAGUUUACAGUUCACAGUUUACACUACGAGGAACGUUCAUUUCGGUAACGGUGUUUUAAUAUCUGUUUGAUAUAAUUCGCUGAGAAAACAACAACUGUUUACGACAUUGGUUUCGAACACAAUCUGCCCGCACGAACACUUAAUACCGAAACGUCCAAAACUUCGGUCCUUUGAUCACGCCACUGUCCUGAAUCCAGGCUUCCAUUUCUUUGAUAUCGUACUUAGUCAACGCACAUUGCUCUGAGGCUUUUGAUAUUUCAGAUUUUGUGAAACUGACACAAGGUUGUAUAUGAUGCAUUGCGUUUCUGGUGUGCUGGUUGACAACGGUUUUGCUGUGCGCGUGAUCGCGUUCGGCUUGUCACCCAUUACCAAAUGAGAAAAUAAAUAUUUUCAAAUGACUUCAAUGAAAAACUUCAUACAAGUUGAAGUCGCUGGUGAUGCUGAUGCUGUUACCAGUGAAUUAUAUGUUGAAAACACGAUUGAAAAUCCUGCAUGGUAUACAGUUGAAGAUAAUCAUGUUUCUUUGGUAUCUGAAAAUAUUGAGAAAGUCAUUAAGCUUGAAACUGAUGUGUUGGAUGAUUGUAUGUGGGAAAGUAGAAUCGAAAUUACUAAAUAUGCUGACAACCAAAGUAAUAUGGAGUUACCCUUGGAAUGUCAGGAUGUCGCAGAUAAUAAUAUUUACUUACAUCAUGAAAAUACAAGUGAUAAAAUAUUUCAUUGUAAUAUUUGUGGAAAAAGUUUUGUUUUAAAUUAUCUUUUAAAAAACCACAUGGCCGAACACAAAAGACAAGUACAUUAUAAAACUAAUAAAUGUAAAUUUUGUGGAAAACAGUUUAAGUUAAGAUUUGGUUUGAACAGACACAUUCAAAAACAUCACAAUUCCAUGUAUAAAUGCAAAUCUUGCAGACUUUUUAUUGAUUGCUCUAAGUAUAAUGAACACAAAAAAUACCAUGAAAGAAAAGAUAGUAUUGUAUCUAUAGUUAAAGACACGCCUUAUUUCUGUAUUAUAAAAUCGCCUAAUAUUGAAAAUGGAUUUUGCAAUAAUGAUUAUGAUCAGACAUCAGAAAACAAGCUUAUAUUUACAUGCAGAAUUUGUAAAAAUCAACCAUCUACAGAUAUACAUUCAUUUGCAUUACACAUGAGUGAGCACAGGGAGUGUAAUAUGCAUGAAUGUAUUGUGUGCGAUAAAAAAUUUAACUCUGUAGUUCUUUGGACAGCCCAUAUGACCUAUCACCAACAGCAAAUAGAUUUAAAUGUGUCAAAAGUUCAGUUUAAUCUUUUAGAGAGUGAAUCUAAUACAUUUGAUACUAAUAAUGAGAAUAAUAAACUUGAACCAAAUGUAAUCCAAAACAGCACAAGUAUAGAAAAUAACAACACUGAUUCUGCGACAAUGUCAAGAAACCAAAAAAAAGAAACCAAAUCAUCGUCAAUUAAAAAAACGAAUUACUGUAAUUUAUGUAAUAGGAAAUUUACAAAGCGCUUUUAUUUUACGAAUCACAUGAUAAUGAAGCAUAAUAUAAAUACAAACACUCCACAACAACUUACAUUGAUUGAUUGUAAUGAAUCAAUCAUUCAGUCUGAAAACAUAGAGUUGAUUAAUGAUGACGAAAACAAAUUAUCAGUUUCGGUAAAUAACAAAAAUAACAAACUGAACAACCGUGUUAAUAAAAGCAAUGAGAAGAAAUCAAAAUUUUGUAGAGUUUGCAACAAACAUUUUGGACAUCUUGGUGCCCUAACCAAUCACAUGCGUAUUCAUAUAAAACAUCACUGUGAUAUGUGUGAGAAAAAAUUCUCUACUCCAUUCCAAUUGAAUGUUCACCAAAAGUCACAUUCAAAAUUAAAGAUUGAAUCUAUAAGUCAUAAAGAUAAAAUAAAAUGUCGAUAUUGCAAAAAAGAAUGUAACUCGAUAUCUCAGUGGAAAAAUCAUAUGUCAAUGAGUAAGGAAUGUCGUCGCCAUUGUAAAAGUUACCUUCCAGAAUUCACAUCAAAUAAAACUGUGCUAGAUAAAACGUAUUUGAAUACUCGUGAUAAUACCGGUUCACAAAAAGACAAAUUAAUGGAUAUAAUUCAACAAAAACCAGCGAUUAAGAAACGAAAUAGAAGUAAUCACAUUAAUGGUGCUAAAUGUGAGUUAUGUGGUAAAAUAUACUGUAAUGAAUAUAAUUUAAUUCGCCACAUAUCCAUGAUUCACAAACAAACUUAUGAACCUAUGACUUGUAAUUUUUGUGGAAUUACAUUUAAACACAAAUUUUCUUACGAAUCACAUUUAAGAAAUAAACACAAGCAAUUAUCUAAAAAUUAUGAAGGAACAAACUCUACAUAUAAAAGAACCAGCGGGCAAAUUAUAUCAGUAAAUAAAAAAAAUAUUAUGAAAUACAUUUGCAAAAUAUGUAAAAUGAAGUUUGCUGACAAUAUCGCAUUACAAAAGCAUACAAAGAUACAUAAUUUAAAUAUGUAUAAAUGUAAUGACUGUGGUCAGCAGUUUGAGACAAAUCUUGGUCUCGGGAAUCACAUUUGGGAAAACCACAGUGCCAAUAUUUCUACAUCUAAUAAAAAUUAACAUGUCGAGAAUUAUGAGAAACAAAAUGCUUUUCUAUAAAUAAUAAUUAUAAUUUUGCUCAGUGUAAAAUUUGAUUGAAAACCUUAAAACAGCAAAAUAUUUAAGAUUACACAUGAGAUUUACUUCAUUUAAAUGUGAUAAGUGUAGCAAUGAUUUCAGAUUUAAAUCAAACUUAAAUCUUAAAUUUUUAAAUCAAACAAAGUCCAUCAGAAGAAAGAUUUGGCAUGUUUGUCCCAUAAUUUUUUUUUUUGUUCAUAUUCAUGCUUUUGUACUUUGUUUUACCCUAAAAAUUCCAAACUAUUUUUACUGUCAUAACUGCUUCUACAUGAAGUUAAGUUUUUACUGUACAUUCAUUGAAUGUAUUUAAAUAUGCAUUUUAUAUAUUACACACAAUAAUUAAGGUAUAAUUUGUAUUAAUUAAGUUUAAGUUUUAAGAAUUGUUUUCAUUAACCAUAACUUGUGCUGCAUAUUCAUAUAUUGUCAACCAAGUAAUUUAUUCAAAUUCUUAUAACAUUGUGUAUUUAAUUGAUUAGGUUUAAUUUAAUAAUUAAAUAAUUUAUAUUCGUUUAUUUUAAUUUAUAAUUUAAUAUAAAAUUUAACUAUUAGCCAAAUAUUGUUAUAAUUACUUAUACAAUGAAGUUAAGUUUUACUGUACAUUCAUUUGAUGUAUUUAAAUAUGUAUAUUAUAUAUUAGACACAAUUUAAGGUUAUUUUUUAUUAAUUUAAUUUAAGUUUUAAUUUUUUUUUUUUUAUUGACUAUAACUUGUGUUGUAUAUUUGUAUAUUGCCAACCAAGUUGUUUAUUCAAAUUCUUAUUACACUAUGUAUUUAACUGAUUAGGUUUAAUUAAUUUAUUAAGUAAUUUUCAUUUGCUUAUUUUAUAAUAUUAAAUACAAUUUACUUACCAGAAAAGUAUUGCAUAACAAGUAUUUAUAAUUUCAUUAUGUAAGUUUUAAUUAAAUAUAUGAGCUUACUAUCAA